CGUUGGUUUUCUUCGUCGAUGAUCGAAGAGGUGGAAAGAAGUUUUAUUCAUCGUGCGUAGAGACUCACAAAGAAAAGUUUUAUACAAUUUCGCUAUUGAAUAUUGUAAUAAAGACAAAAUAAGUGAAAAAUUUGUUCUCUGAGGCUAAAAAGAAGCGGUCGUGCGAAACCAUAGAAACGAAAUAAAAUUUCCUUAUAGGAAAAAGUGAUGUGAAGGAGCAGCAGUAGUACAGAAAACGACGAAGUAAAUUCCAAUUGGACUUGAAACUACAUAGAAAAGCAAAAGACAAGUCGUCGUCAUAUGCGAAAAGCACAAAUCAAAAAAGUGAACAAGUCCAAAGCAAAACGAAAAACUAGAAGUUAAAGUGGAAGCAGUGAGAGUGGGAGAGUCCAAAAGCAAAUUUUGACAGUUGGUAACGAUUAUAGAAAAAAGUGGCUAAACUCAUCCAGAUACAAAGGCCCGGCUCGGAUAUAGAAACUUACAUCGUAAUAAAAAGGAAACAGUGGAAAUAAUAUAUAUUGGCUAACAAAAUUCAAGAAACGAAUGUAUCAAAAGUAAAAGCUUAACCAACUGAUCGCCUCUUCUACACAUCUUACUGCUUCUAUCGCUGAUCUUUGUGGUUAUUUAACUCGCAACACUAUUAGUAAGGCUUUAAAGUCUUUUACAUGCUGUAGUAUUACUACCUGUGCCCUAAAACACCGCCCCGGAAACAGCGGAAUACUCAUAUCGAUUACAAACAACCUAGCUCCAACCGUCUACAGCAUUUUCGCUGCCAACGUUUAAAUAACGUUAGUAGACUAGUUAAAAUUCGUGACUUGUUCUUGUGUAAAAAUUUUCGCAAUUUGAAGCAGCUGACGUGAAAUUUAAAGAAUUGUCAUACAUUUGUGUGUUAAUAAUCAUAAUCAGCCUUAACCUGUAUUACUCGGCUUAACAUUCACUUCUUCACAAAAGCUAUAAAACAAAUAAGCGAAUAAAGUCGCCCAUUAAGCAGCUGUUGCUGUGAGAAUUAGUUGACCAUUCUUGAUAUGGCACUCGACAUGGGUUUGCCUGUAAAUGGCACUAAUGCGCUGACAUCAUCCUUCACAGCUAAGAAAAAGGAUGCAUCUACUGCAGCAGAAGAGAAUUUAUGGUCUGCAAUUUUGAGUGAAGUACAAAAACAAGGCAGCACAAAACUUCCGUCAAAUAAAUCAGUACUAGUAUUAGGCGAUAAUGCCACCGGCAAAACGACUCUCAUUGCGAAAUUGCAAGGUGUCGAAGAUCCGAAAAAAGGCUCUGGUCUCGAGUACGCAUACAUCGAUGUUAAAGAUGAGUACAGAGAUGACACAACACGAUUGGGCGUUUGGAUUCUGGAUGGGGAUCCAGGACAUACAAAUCUCCUGCGUUACGCUUUGAAUGAAACGAACUUCGAACAUACCCUCGUCAUACUCACAGUCUCAAUGACAGAGCCAUGGGCAUGGCUGGAACAAUUGAAUCACUGGAUUAAAGUGCUCUCGGAUCACAUUGAGAGCCUGAAGUUGGAACCGCAAGAGAAGCAGGAAGCACGACAACGGCUAAUCACCACGUGGCAAAGUUAUUGCGAAGUGGGCGACGACUUGGAUCCGGGUUCGCCAGUGAAACGUACGAUGAGAAAUAAUUCGAUAGAUGACGACGAUCUACUGCCACUUACCGAGGGCGCGUUAACAACAAAUCUCGGUUUGGAUAUUGUUGUGGUGGUCACAAAGACGGACUACAUGACAACGCUGGAGAAGGAGUACGAUUAUCGAGAUGAACAUUUUGAUUUCAUACAGCAGUGGAUACGUCGCUUUUGCUUACAGCAUGGCACAUCACUUUUUUACACAAGCGUUAAAGAAGACAAAAACUGUGAUCUCCUCUAUAAAUAUUUGACACAUCGAAUUUACGGCUUACCAUUCCGAACGCCUGCGCUAUUCGUUGAGAAGGAUGCGGUUUUAAUUCCUGCAGGUUGGGAUAGCUUGAAGAAAAUAAGUAUUUUGUAUGAGAAUAUGCAAUCAUGUAAGGCAGAGGACUACUAUACAGACAUCAUCUCGCCACCGCAGUCCAGAAAAACUGUUGCAAAUCGUGAAAUCGAGGUGCAAACAGAGGACGAACAGACAUUCUUAUUGCGGCAGCAAGAGAUUCUCAAGCAGGGCGGACAGAUGCGCGGCGAUUCACCGUUGCGCGUGCAAGGCGGCAAUAAGGGCAUGCAACCACGCACACCCGGCUCCGGUGGACAGGGUUCACCCAUAAAGGUCAACGCGAAGCCAACACCAGCUACACCGGGUAAUGAAGGUGUGCUCGCCAAUUUCUUCAACUCGUUGUUGCAUAAAAAAUCCGGUUCACCUGCCACACCAGCCACCCCGCCCAAUGCGCCCAACGCCAGCAGUACACCACGUACCAAUGGUACUGAUGGCGCCAUCGAUAAGUUAGCGAUGCGCUCGGAUGCAGCAGCCGAACUCGAUCGCCUGACGAGAAGUGCGAAAAAAGAAAUGGAUUAUUCACAAAGCGAGUGUUAAGCCAGGCGAUAAAGAUUGUAUGAUUUCGAAACGACUAGCAAGACACAAGUAUAAGAACAACAACAACACCACAGUGCGCUUCUGAACAAUCGGAGGGGGAAAUGAGCAACAAAAACAAGAUACAGUUUUUUUAAAUAAGUGAAAUGAAAUGAGUGAAACUUAUAUGAAUGUAAGCAAAAAUGACGUGUGUAAUGAAACGUAAUCCCAAAGGGUGUGUUUAACUAACCCACAACCCCUUUAAACAUAAACGAGCGAUUAAUUAACGGAUUCAUUGAAAAGUAUAAAAGAUUAAAAUAUUUGCAAAUUUUAAAGCAAACUUAAAAUACAUAAAGCAAGCAAGAAUGGAAGUCAAAGCAUAUUAGACUUAACGCAACAACUUACAAAAAAAAAAAGAAAACAUAUUUUCACUACCGUCUUGCUAACUCUGGCUAAGUUUAAACAUGUGUGACGCCUGUAUUGAUUAUUUCGUUGUUUCCUAACAUGCUUCUGAUUUAUAGUAAUUAUUUUAAAUAUAUGUGUUUAUUAUUAUUAUUUUUUUAAUAAUGCAAUAAAUGCAAUUUGCAAUUGAUUUCAUAAGCGCUGCAACGUAUCAAAUGAUUAAUCUUAAUUACGGUAGCAAUGUGCAUAACAAGCGCAGAUAAUUAUAGCAGACCUUUAUUUUUUGGUGUCGGCGCCGGUUCAACAUUUGUCUGGCGUUUUAAAGCGACAUUUAGGCAGGAGCCCACUUUGACGCUGCUCAAGCGAAUAAUACGUUGUAAAUCAAUCACUUUUGGCAGCGUUUUAGAUUAGUCGGCGGCGUCUGCAUGUGUUUUAUCGAAGCAAUUUUAAGACGUUCUCAUGCGUUUGUGUUCCAAGUAUAAACGAUUUUGCAUUAGCGUAAUUAUAAUUAAAGAGCUUGGCAAUAUUGGCGAAAUUGCCAUUCUUUAUUUUUAUAUGCUAAUUUUUAUUAUUUUUGCUCAAAGCUUAAAGUAUACUGUAAUUUUAUAUAUAUAUAUAAAUAUUAAAUGUAAUUUAGAAAACACGAUAAUUUCAAUUCUAAAACUGUGCAUAAUUAUAAUAAAAUUAAAAUAAUAGAGCUAUAUAUGUAACUUGAGGAGAUUCUAAAAGAAGCAAAUAAAGUACCGAUGAAUGCGUAAAACUAUUGAUAUUUGGUCAAAAGCCAAGCAUAUUAACGUGUAAGCGGCAAGUUUCGAAGCACAGUGCUGGCGACAAGCAUAUUGGUGUCUUUAAGAACAAGCAAAAAGAAGAAAAUUCUAUAUUUAUAAAAAUACAUAUGCAAAGAUACUAGUAUGUCUGUUAAAUUCCACACAAGUGUUUUCAAAUCCGUUCAUGCCACAACUUUCGCACAAAAUACCAACUGCAGCUUGAUAUUGGAAUUUGUAUAUAAUGAUUUUUUUUAUUUAUGCAAAAGCCUUUCUGUCUCAUUAAAUUCAAUACUCUCUCUCUCAAUUGUGUUAUUAUUAAGAUACCGCAUACUAUAUUUAAAAACAAGUUUCUUUUGUCUUAAACCAGAAUUCAAUUAUAUAAGCUUGUGUGGAUAUUUAGCAAAAUGUGAACAAGGAAUUCAUUAAAAAAGUGUAUUUGACAUUCGAGAUUAAAAAAAUAUAUGUAUAUUCGAAAGAAGUAACAACAUACACUUAUAUAAUUGAAUCAUGUUUUAAAAAUAUAUUUAAAAAAUACUUUUAAUAGCGCUUUUCAAUUGAAAUUUUUUAAAAUAGCUUUUGAGUCAAGUUUUUUGUAUCAAAGUAACUAUUUACAUAUGCAAAAAUCGAGUCAUUUGUUCGAAAACAAAAAUAGAAAUUUUCAGCUUAAAUUUUCUAUAAAAUAAUCAGCCGGUCUAAACAGACAUUCAAGGUAACAUGAAUUUACAAUGAGCUAAAAGUUGGUGUAUGUGUUCCAAACAGGUUUAAAUAUAACAUAAUAAAAGUACUUAUCGUUCCGAUGUGUUUAGAAAAAUACUCGAAGCCAAAGAUUUUAAAACCUUUGUUUGGUAAAUUGUAGCAAAAAACUACCUAAACUGGAAUUUGUAAAUUAUAAAAUUAGCUAUAAAAAAUGAAUGUAUAUGUUUUAUUCUAAGUUUAUCGACCGUUUCUGAGCUGUAACUAUUCAAAAAAUUGUAAAAAAAGACGCGCUAAGUACACUAUUUCAGAUUAGACGUAAAAAUGCGUACAUACUAUAACGAUCAUUACGUCUCAGCAACGGUAGGCCUUAAGAAAAAACGAGUCAUACAUUUUUAUAUAUAAUUUUAUGAUCUACAAUUUACAUACCCUUUCUUCUAGAGUUUUUUGUUUCACAUAUUGAAGGAUUAGUACUGAUAUUAUGUAAUUUUAAUCAUGUUUUGAAAAUAUGCAUUAACUUUCAGCUCGUUAUAAAUUAUUGUAACUUCACUCAUAUUUUCUGUUUAAUUUUACAAAAAAAAGUCUAAAAAUUAAAAUAACUUGAUUGUUCAUUGUAAUAAGUUUAUUUAUUUUAUUUGCACAACUUUGGGAGCAGAUUUGCAAUUGCAUAUUUUUGCUCUAUCAUUUUUUGUUGUCUAACAAUAUGAAAUUUAUGAAAAGGAAUUUGAAAAAAUAUAUUGUCUCAUUACUCAUUCCAAAUUAGGCUGUACACAAACAAACAAAAAAAAAAAAACGAAGAAAAAACUUAAGAACCAUCCGAUUUUAAAAUAUUCCGUUCAAUAGUUUUGUGAAAUGCCACUAAAGGAAACUCCUUUGUACCGCAUAAAAACUUAUAUUUCUCCGCUUAUCUAGAUUGUAUAGCUUAGAAAAGACAAUGGUAUACGCUUAACGGAUUGUGCAUUCGUUAAAUUUGACCAUCCAAUAGUCGGUAAUGCUUUUUGUGCGUUUAGAACUACUUAAAAACCAUAAUGCCUUUCAAAGGUAGUUACUACCAGCAGCAAUUUGGAAGCAGCUCUCAGAAAGUAAAUUAAAUAAUAACUACAACCUUUAGUUACUAUAGUAAAACUGAAUAAUUACAACCACACAAUGGCUAACACACUUCAUUAUUUGUUAAAUAUAAUAUUGAAAGCAAACAUUCGUAUGAGAUAUACAAAUUAUAUAGAUUUAGCAAAAUUGCAAUUAUAUUUGUUAGCAACAUGUGUGGCAUGCGAAAGUUCUAAGCGCAACUAUUGUUUUGCAUUAAACGCUGAUGUAUUUUGUUUGGUUGCAGUUGGAGUCACUCGGUACACAAAACAGUAAAAUGCAGUAAAACUAUUUGUCACACUUUUUUCUAACGGUAAAUUAUUAAUAUAAAGUUUAAAUGUAAAAUGUAUUUAAUUAGUAAAACUUUUUGAACUGAAAAUUUUUAAACGAAAGCAACAAAAUACUUAAGGAUACUUUAAAACCACUGCUGUUAUUUUUUGUUUUAUUAAACACAUAUUUUUUAUUUCCAUAAAGAAAAAAUAUAAAGUAAUGUUUCAUUAAAUUUUAAUUUACAUCAUUUGCGAAAACUCAGAACUAGUGUUAAAAUUAAAAACGAUAAGUAAUUAUUUAUAUAUAGAAACGCAGCGCACCACGCAAAGAAUCGUGCGACAGCUUGUUCCAUUUUUCUCCAAGAAAAAUUGCUAUUACAAGCUUAAGUUUUUGUAAUCUGUAAAAUAAAAUAGCACACAAAAAUCGAUCUGAAGUAAAAAUUCAAAUAAAUAUAUGUAGCAGCUGUAGUGUAUACAUGUAUUAGGCGGUAUAUUGGUAUAUAAUACUGAGAUUGGGGCAUAUCUUUGUUACAAUUCAUUGUUCGCCAGCCUUUGCUAAUGUUAUUCCAAUUUAAAAGUAUGUGCAUAACAAAAGUCGUCGAAUAGUGAAUGAUAACAAAGUGUAAAUCGAUUGCCCCCUUUAGUGUGUGUAUUUAUAUAUAAUUUCACUUCUAAGUGUAAACAAAAAAAUCAACAACCUAACAACAUUUCAAUAUCAGCUGAGUAACGAAAUUAUUGUCUUCAAAAAAACAACAGUUUAUUUGCUCUUAAAGAAAUUUAACAAAUAACUGCAAAAUUGCUACACAACCAACAACAACGUUAAAUAAAUAUAAAAAAUACUAAUGAU